AUGGUGGCCGGGGCAGGCUGCGGGCGGGGACAGUUCCUCCCCUCCCUUCUCCUUCUCUUUCUCUCCGGGCCCCCGUCCCCGCGCCCGGCGGGCGGGCAGCUGCGCUAUGCCGUGCCCGAGGAGCUGGAGCACGGAGCCUUUGUGGCCAACCUGGGCGAGGACCUGGGGCUGGACGUGUCUACACUGUCAGCGCGGAGGUUCCGCAUCGUGUCGAGGGCUGGGGCCAGGCAGCACCUGGAGGUGAACCUGGAGAACGGAAUUCUCUUCGUGAACGAGCGGAUUGACCGGGAGGAGGUGUGCGAGGCGGGGGGGACCUGCCUGCUCCACUUGCAGCUCCUCGUGGAGAGCCCGCUGGAGCUCUACCGCGUCGAGGUGGAGGUGCUGGAUAUCAAUGACCAUGCGCCCACCUUCCCCUGGCAAGAGUACGUGCUGGAGGUGGCCGAGUCCGCCGUGCUCGGCGCCCGCUUCCCGCUGGAGAGCGCCCAGGACCCUGACGUGGGCACCAACUCGGUGCACACCUACAGGCUCAGCCCCAACGGCUAUUUCUCGCUGGAGGUGCAGACGCGCAGCGACGCCAGCAAGUUCGCAGAGCUGGUGCUGGAGCGUGCCCUGGACCGCGAGCAGCAGAGGGCACACCGGGUGCUGCUCACGGCGCUCGACGGCGGCGUCCCCGAGCGCUCGGGCACGGCUCAAAUCCUCGUCACGGUGCUGGAUGCUAACGACAACGUGCCCGCCUUCGACAAGCCCUCCUACGGCGUCAGCCUCCCCGAGGAUGCUCCUGCUGGCACCUUGGUCAUCCAGCUCAACGCCACCGACCUGGACGAGGGUCCCAAUGGGGAGGUCGAGUACUCCUUCAGCGGGCACGCACCGCCGCGCGUCCGGGAGCUGUUCCACAUCGAGCCCCGCAGCGGGCAGGUCCUGCUAAAGGGUGUGCUGGACUACGAGCGGGCACAUCUCCACGAGCUGUACGUGCAGGCCAAGGACCGCGGGCCCUCGGCGGUGGCCGUGCACUGCCGGGUGCUUGUGCACCUCCUCGACGUGAACGACAACGCCCCAGAGGUGACCCUCACCUCCGUGUCCACGCCCGUGCUGGAGGAUGCCCCACCGGGUACCGUCAUCGCCGUCAUCAGCGUCCUGGACCGGGACUCUGGGGACAACGGCCGAGUCAGCUGCGAGCUCAGCCCCGACCUGCCCUUCGAGCUCCGUUCCUCCUUCCGCAACUACUACACCCUGGUCACCACGCAGGCGCUGGACCGGGAGGCCGUGCCCGAGUACAAUGUGAGCAUCACGGCACGGGACAUGGGCUCCCCUGCCCUGCUGACCCGCAGCGCCCUCACCGUGCCGGUGUCGGACGUGAACGACAACGCCCCCCGCUUCCUCCAGCCCUCCUACAGCGUCUACGUGAUGGAGAAUAACGCGCCCGGCGCCUCUAUCUGCUCCGUCAGCGCCCUGGACCCCGACUGCCAACAAAACGCCUACCUGUCCUACUCAAUCGCCGACGGGCACAUCCACGGCAUGCCCGUGGGCACCUACGUCUCCAUCAACUCUGACAGCGGGCACAUGUACGCCCUGCGCUCCCUCGACUACGAGCAGAUCCGCAGCUUCCAGAUCCAGGUGCAGGCGCAGGACGCGGGAUUCCCCCCGCUCAGCGCCAACGUCACCGUCCACAUCUUCGUGCUGGACCAGAACGACAACGCUCCGGUCAUCGUCUCCCCCAUGCCGCGCAACGGCUCGGUGGCCACCGAGCUGGUGCCGCGCUCGGCCAGGCCUGGCUACCUGGUGGGCACGGUGUCGGCGGUGGAUGCGGACGCGGGGCUCAAUUCCCGCCUCUCCUACCAGCUCCUGCAGGCCACUGACUUCACCCUGUUCAGCGUGGCGCCGGAAACGGGCGAGCUGCGCACCCUCCGCUCCUUUCUGGAGCAGGAUGCCAGCCGGCAGCAGCUGGUGGUGCAGGUGCGGGACGGUGGGCAGCCAGCACUCUCUGCCACCGUCUCCCUCCUGCUUUCCGUGGUGGAGACCCUGCCUCAGACUCUCUCCGACUUCAGCGAGUUCAGCCUCCCCCCGGAGGCUUCCUCAUCCUCACCGCUCACCCUCUACCUCCUUGUCUCCCUGGGUUCCAUCUCCUUCACCUUCCUCCUCGCCAUCCUCAUCCUUACAGCUAUUCGGUGCCGGGGAGAGCGACGCUCCCGCCAAGGUGACAGCUGCUCACCGCCGCGCUGCCACUGCUGCCCGGGUUCCAGACCCUCUCCUGAUGGCCUGAAGACGUCCAACCUGACAGCGCAGCCCCCCACGGGGACCUCAGCUGCCACCUGCCUCGACGUGCCCGGGGGCGGCCCUCCAGGCUACUGCUACAAGGUCUGCCUCGGUCCUGAGUCUGCCCAGAGUGAUUUCAUGUUCCUCAAACCCUGCAGCCCCCCCCGGAACAACGAGAAGGACUCCGGGAAGCAGUCCCAGCCAGGCCAGCAUCUCCAGGUCUCCAAGCAGAUCAAGCAGCCCAACACGGACUGGCUGCCUCCGAGCAUGCAACGGCCUGCCCUGAAGAGCUCCCAGAGCCUGGAGGAUGUGGGGGAAAUCCGCAGAGCCCUCCAGAAGGAGCACGAGAGGCUGUGCACGCUGGUGACCCCUGUCUCUGAGUUCCAGAAGGCUUCAGCAGGCACCAACAGCAUCUGGACACCCCAGUACAGCUCCUUGUACCCAGGGCAUGUGCCAGCCCUGGAUUAUCAGCACAAUGUCUACAUCCCUGGCACCCCCACUCUGCUGUCCAGCAAAGAUGGGCCCCUCUUCCUGGGACGGGAGAGCAAGAACAGCUUCUCCACCUUUGGCAAGAGGAAGAAGAUGACAACUUACUGUGACAUGCAUGACAGUGUGGUUAUCAAUAACGACCUGAAAUAAUGCCCAGCAGCCCUGCCCAAGGCCCUCUUCCAGCUGCCAGGUCCUCCCCCUGCAGCACACAGCCCCAGGUGUGGACCGCUCAGGGCUUUGUGGGGCUGCUGGGGUCGUGCUCCACCGGAGCGUAGGGAGAGGAUUCAAGGCACAAUGGACUGGAAAGUGCUAGGGAGGGGCAGGGGGAAGGGGUGGGGAGGGCAUUUCUUGCAGCUUACCCUGCAGAGCUGUGUUGGCAGCAGGUGCUGCUGGGGGUCCUUAUGCCCAGAUUUAAGCAAAUCUGCCUUGAUUUUACCCAUUCCUGUGUCCCCUCCUGUCCAUCCCUGUGAGCAUUGUCACUUUGUCUUGUCUGGCUGUGUGAAUGUACUCAGCUGCAUGCCUCUGCUUCUGUCCCAGCAGGCAUGGGAAGUGUGUGCAGACCAAGCCUGCUUCAGCCAGGCCUGGCCCUGUGUGCUGGGGCAGUGACCCUCGCUCUGUCCCCAGUGGGAUCUGUUGCAUGUCCAGAGCAGAUGUUGGUGUCUGUCUUCUCCAGCAAGUGAGUGUAAAACCCAGGCAUCGUGGAUGCUUCCUUUCAAAUCCUGACCCAACACUUUGGAGGGCUGGAGACCCAAAGUCCAGGACAGAGCCGAGGUCCAGGAUGCAGUCAGGCUCUGCUCCAGGAGCAGGAGGGGCUGGGGCAGACACAGACUGUGCCAGGAGAGCUGCCAGCCUGAGCAGCUGAGGGGGUCACAAGGUGAGGUCCCAUUGGGUAACUCUCUAGCUGAAGGCAGCAGCAUCUGAAGGAAAGGUGACUGCCAACCAUCAGAGGUGUGCUCCCACACAGGUGGCAGUCCUCCUCCCUGCUCUUCCUACCCUCAACCAGAUUUCUGUUUCCCCAAGUUCUGUGUGCCUGGGGGAGCCCUUGCACUGGGGACUCCAUCUGCAUAGGACAGACGUCUCCCACUGCACCCUGCUUCUCUUUGAGGACUUUUAUCUGGCUGGCAAGAGUUCCCACAGGCACAACUCCAGCCCCAGAACAGUCUCUUCCCUGUCCUGCUCACCCUACACCUGUGCACCUGGCCUGCCUGCCAGCGCUGCCAGUUGCUGCUGUCACGGGACAGUUCCUUUGCAGUCCAUCUGUGCAGAACGUGACAGCUCUUUCUAGAUCAAGUUUGUCUCACAAUGUCUGAUUUGUACCAAUAAAUUGUAUUUUAA